GAAAUCUUUGCCGCUUCUUUCCCUUCACUUUCCCGCCAAAACCUUCUUACGCCAUUGCCAUCCUGAUCUCCCCCUCUCUCUCUGUGGACGUUUUUCUCACCUACUGUCACUCAACGGACCUCAAUCCACCAAUGGACAAGGACAUGGACAUGGACAUGCCCCUACCAGAAGAGCUCGAGUUGCUCGAAUCCAACUUUCAACUCUACGACGACUACCUAGACCUCGAACCACCGGAGCCCUACCUAGAAGAAGAACAAGAAGAAGACCACCAACCAGCGCCGUCUAUAGAUCCGCCCCUAAUCUCCGAAACACAUAUCAACGGCCACAAGCGUUCGCGAUCGGACGGUUCCGACGCCUCGGUACCCGAAAAUGUGUGCCCGUCGGACGAGAAACGUUCCAGAUUUGACGACGUGGACCCGAAGUCUGACGAGGACUGGCUCCGGUACUCGCCGCCGCCACGGGAGACCAAUCCAGUGGUGGAGGAACGGGAGCGUGUUGUGGAGGAGAAGAUCGUGUCGAGGUACGCGUCGCAGAUCGACGGCGAUUGUAUUCCGGUGACUGCGCCGAGCGGCGAUAGGGUUUACGCGAAGAUAUGCAGGGUGGAAAGGGAGGAGCGGUUGAAGAAAUUGGACGUGAAAGCGCAGUCGGGUGGUCUUAUUUUGGAACCUGUCAGUAUUCUAUUGCAAAAAGUUGAGCAAGAGGCUUUUUCUAAGGCCUUACAAGCAAGUUCUGAAGGCCAGAGUGGCAUAACCCUUCCUGAAACACCAGUGGUGCAUGAACGACUUUGGGUCGAUAAAUAUGCUCCAAGUUCGUUUUCUGAGCUUCUCAGUGAUGAACAGACAAAUCGUGAGGUUCUCUUAUGGUUGAAACAAUGGGAUUCCUGUGUCUUUGGAUCUGAAAUUAGGAGUACAUGUGAUGAGGUUUUGUCGGCUUUGAGACGCCAUUCUUCUAUUGCUCAACAUCAAAAACAUUCUGAUUCAAAUUUUUUGAGGAAGAACAGAGGACCAAGAUGGCGUAAUGAAAGAUUUGAAAAUUCAAACAAUUACAGAGGACCCAGAUGGCGUAAUGAAAGAUUUGAAAAUUCAAACAAUUUGGAUCAUGAAAAUAGUAAUUCGAAAGGCGUUCAGGACUUGUGGAAUAAGAAAUCAAGGCUCACUGGCCCGCCAGAACAGAAGCUCCUUUUACUUUGUGGUCCCCCUGGGCUUGGAAAGACUACACUUGCACAUAUAGCUGCUAAGCAUUGUGGAUAUCAUGUGGUGGAGGUUAAUGCUAGUGAUGACCGGUCAUCAUCAACAAUCGAAGCUAAAAUUCUUGAUGUGGUCCAGAUGAAUUCUGUCAUGGCCGACUCAAGGCCAAAGUGUUUGGUGAUUGAUGAAAUAGAUGGAGCCCUUGGUGAUGGCAAGGGUGCUGUGGAAGUUCUUUUAAAGAUGGUGUCUGCUGAGAAGAAGUCUGAUAUGGGGAAGGAAAACAUUGCUAAAGAAGAACAAUUAGGAAAGAAAUCCUCAAAGAAGGGGCGUAAAACUGCUUCACUGUCAAGACCUGUGAUUUGCAUAUGUAAUGACCUAUAUGCACCUGCCCUGAGAACAUUGCGUCAAGUAGCAAAGGUUCAUGUAUUUGUUCAGCCAACAGUUAGUCGUGUAGCAAGCAGGCUCAAAUAUAUAUGUAACAUGGAGGGAAUGAAAACGAGUUCAAUUGCACUUACUGCACUUGCAGAAUACACGGAAUGUGAUAUACGCUCAUGCUUGAAUACUCUUCAGUUCCUCAACAAAAGGAACAAAACCCUCAGUGCGUUGGAAAUCAGUUCUCAAGUAGUUGGUCGAAAGGACAUGUCAAAAAGUGCUUUUGAUGUAUGGAAGGAGAUUUUCCAAAGGAGAAAAAAGAAGCGGGAAAUAAAAUCUGAUAAUAAUUCCAGCAGUAUGCCCAAUGAGUUUGACAUUUUGCACUCCCUCAUAUCUAACCGUGGUGACUAUGAUUUGAUAUUGGAUGGGAUCCAUGAAAACAUUUUGCAUCUCCAAUAUCAUGAUCCAGUGAUGCAAAAGACUGUCAAGUGCUUAAAUAGCCUUGGUGUUUCUGAUCUGAUGCACCAAUAUAUCUUGCGUACACAGAAGAUGUCUCUUUAUGUUUAUUUGCCUCCUAGUGCAAUCACUGUACAUCAUUUAGUAGCCCAAGUUCAAAGACCAAACAUUGAAUGGCCUAAGUCAUAUCAAAGAUCCCGAACAAUGUGGCUGGAAAAGAUGGAGACUUUAAGGUCUUGGCACUACAAAAUUCCACCAUAUAUUUCAAGGCAUCUCUCAACUAAGUCUUUUGUAGAAGACUUGAUUUCUCCAUUAUUGCAUAUUCUGUCACCACCAACUCUACGACCGGUGGCAUUACAAUUACUGUCAGAAAGAGAGAAGAAUGAUCUGGCUCAGCUGGUUAGCACAAUGGUAUCCUACUCUAUAACAUAUAAGACCGUUAAAUCUGAGCCUCUGCCCAAUAACCCAAGACAUGAAGCAGUCUCAGAUACCUCAUCACUUUCCUUUAAUCCUCCAAUUAACGACUUUAUUAACUUCAAGGACUAUAGUUCUGGUCAUUGUGUACUAGCUUUAGCUAUGAAGCAGGUGUUGUUGCACGAGGUUGAAAAGCAAAAGAUCUUACAAGUAAGCAUUGGAAGAUCCAUUCACUCAACAGAUGGAUGCACCAAGGAAAGGCGGGAUUUUGUAGAGGUGGAAGCUAGCAGAGCUCAAUCUACAAAAACUGAUCAUGUACCCGCAUGUGUUGGGAAAAACAUGAAAAAUAUGUCACAGUGUAAUCCAAGUACCUCCAAAAUUUUGUCAAACUUGGGUUCCAGUGAAAGUACGACAGUUGGUGUGAAAUUAAAAUCUCAUGGAGUUGUGAAAAAUUCUUUUAGUCGUUCCAUAAGUUUCUUUGACAGGUUUAAGAAGUUGAGUAGUAAAGGUUCUCAGAGUACUGAUGUUGCUGUGAAGAAUGAAGCAACCUUGAGGGAUAUGCAUCCGCUGCUAUUUAAAUUUAAUGAGGGUUUCACAAAUGCUGUUAAAAGGCCUGUUCGAAUUCGUGACUUUCUUCUGUGAGGAACCUCGGUUCUUGUAAGCGAUAUAAAAUUGUUCAUUUAUAAUAUAUAUCAAUUUCUUUUCUUUGACUACACUCUCCAAAAAAUUUCUAUAAUUGUCCAUAACCCAAUUUAAUAUACAAUAAUAUAUAGCCUUUGCUUCUAUUAAUGAGA